AUGAACUCGAUUCGAGUUGUGCUCUCCGUCUGCGCUGCUUACGCAUACGAGAUGGAACAGCUGGACGCUGAUACAUCGUUUCUUAACAGUGAGUUGGAGGACCGUGUCUACAUGGAGCUGAACAAGGCCAUUUAUGGAUUGAAGCAAGCUGCAAGUGCCUGGAACAAGACCAUUAAUCGUGUAUUUCUCGACUGCGGUUUCAAAAGCUGUGGUGCGGACCAAUGCGUCUAUUUCAAGCGCUCCAAGAACAAUUUUAUUUACGUCUGCCUUUACGUCGAUGAUAUGAUCAUUGCGGCAAAGACUAGUGAUGAAAUUAGUGACGUGAAGGACGCACUCAAGAGUGUCUUUAAGAUGAAGGAGCUUGGACCGGCGAAAUUUAUCCUGGGAAUGGAGAUCGACCAUAACAUGACUGCUGGAACGCUUAUGAUCAAGCAAACCCGAUACAUCGAUGAUGUGGCGAACCGGUUUGGGCAAGAAAACGCUAGGACGGUGGACAACCCGUGUGCAACCGGUCUAAAGUUGUCAAAGUCGCAAUCGCCAGCAUCGGAUGCAGAACGAAGCAAGAUGCAAUCGAGACCGUACCGCUUCUUAAUUGGAUGCCUGCUGUACAUCACGACGUGUACUCGCCCGGACAUUGCAUUCGUAGUAACGCAACUUUCUCGUUUUCUCGAUAAUCCUGAGCAGCAGUAUUGGAGUGCUGCUAUACGUGUUCUACGCUUCUUAAAGACGACCCACCAGCACGUGAUCAUCUACAAAGGUGGUACUGGCAGCGUCACAGCUGAAGCCUACUCGGAUGCGGACUGGGGUUCCAACCCCGACGACAGGCGUUCUGUCUCGGGGGUUAUGAUCAUGAUUGGGAACGCUCCGGUGGUGUUCAAAUCUAAAUUCAAACGAACGGUUGCCCUCAGCUCAGCGGAAGCUGAGUAUAUGGCUUUAAGCCUAUGCGUUCAGGAAGUGCUAUGGACGCGUGCGAUACUGACGGACAUGGGAAUGGUACAAAUGAAGGCUACCCAGAUAUGGGAGGGCAAUCAAGGAGCGAUUGCUUUGGCCCAAAACGCUGGUUAUCAUGCUCGGACCAAGCAUGUGAACAUCCGUCAUCACUUCAUCAGAGAGACGAUCGAAGACGGGACGGUUGCGGUAGCGUAUGUGGACACCAAACAUCAAUUGGCCGACAUACUGACCAAGGCGCUAGGAUCCAAGACGUUCAAGUUCCUGCGCGAUGCAAACAGUAUCCAGUGCAAAGAAACCAAGCAGUAG